GAUCGCCUUUAAACCAGUCGCAGCUCGUUUCCAGACGCCUUUCUCCUCAGGCCGGGCAGUGAGCUGAUGGCCCAGGUUCGAGAAACUUCCUUGUCCUCCGGCUCCGGGGCCCGCUGGAGCCCGGGAGGUAGGGGAGGAGCCUUGCCCGAGGAGGUGGCUGAGAAGGCGGGGGAAAUGGAGGAGGCGGCGGUGGGGACCGCGAAGGCGUAUGCGGGCCGGGAAGCUGAGGAGAUGAAGCUGGAGCCAUUACAGCAGCGUAAGCUGGCGCCAGAGGAGAACUUGACGUGGAGCGGCAGCGGCGGCGACGGCGACGAGAAGGUGCUCCCUUCAAUCCCCCCUCGCUGUCACAGCAGCUCCUCACCCGUUUGCCCGCGCCGCAAGCCCCGCCCUCGGCCCCAGUCCCGGGCCCGCUCCCGAGGCCAGCAGGGGCUCUCGGCCCCGCCCCCGCCUCCAGCCCAGCCCCCGCCCCCGCCCACACCGAGGCCCCGGGCCUGGCGCGGGUCCCGGCGUAGAUCUCGGCCAGUGUCCAGGCCCCAGACGCGGAGUAGCUGCUUUGGUGACCCAGGCGGCUCUGGGGAUCGAGGCGGAUUAGGGGACUGGCUGCUGGGGGUAGAGUUUGAACAGGGUCCCACAGGCUGCUCUCAUGUGGAGAGCUUUAAAGUAGCUAAGAACUGGCAGAAGAACCUGAGGCUCAUCUACCAGCGUUUCGUUUGGAGUGGAACCCCGGAGACUAGGAAACGUAAGGCAAAGUCAUGCAUCUGUCAUGUAUGUAGUACUCAUAUGAACAGACUCCACUCUUGUCUCUCCUGUGUCUUUUUUGGCUGCUUUACUGAGAAACAUAUUCACAAACAUGCAGAAGCAAAACAGCACAAUUUAGCUGUUGACCUCUCUCAUGGGGUUAUAUAUUGCUUUAUGUGUAAGGAUUAUGUAUAUGAUAAAGACAUAGAACAGAUUGCCAAAGAAACGAAAGAGAAAAUUUUGAAAUUAUUAACUUCCACCUCAACAGACGUUUCUCAUCAACAGUUUAUGACAUCAGGGGUUGAAGAGAAGCAGUCAACCUGUGAGACGAAGGAAGAGGAACCAAAAUUGGUGAAACCCAAGAAAAAGAGGAGAAAAAAGUCAGUCUAUACUGUAGGCCUGAGAGGGCUAAUCAAUCUUGGUAACACCUGUUUUAUGAAUUGUAUUGUCCAGGCCCUUACCCAUAUUCCUCUACUGAAAGAUUUCUUCCUCUCUGACAAGCACAAAUGUAUAAUGACAAGCCCCAGCUUGUGUCUGGUCUGUGAAAUGUCUUCGCUUUUUCAUGCUAUGUACUCUGGGAGCCGAACUCCUCACAUUCCCUAUAAGUUACUGCACCUGAUAUGGAUUCAUGCAGAACAUUUAGCAGGGUACAGGCAGCAAGAUGCCCAUGAAUUCCUUAUUGCGAUACUAGAUGUGCUACAUAGACACAGCAAAGAUGAUAGUGUUGGGCAGGAGGCCAAUAACCCCAACUGCUGUAACUGUAUCAUAGACCAAAUCUUUACAGGUGGCUUGCAGUCAGAUGUCACAUGUCAAGCCUGCCAGAGUGUCUCCACUACCAUAGACCCAUGCUGGGAUAUCAGUUUGGACUUGCCUGGGUCUUGUGCCACAUUUAGUUCCCAGAGCCCAGAGAGGGCUGACAGCACAGUGAGCAGGAAUGACCACAUACCAGGAAUCCCCUCACUUACAGAUUGCCUACAGUGGUUUACAAGGCCAGAGCACCUAGGAAGCAGUGCCAAAAUCAAAUGCAGUAGUUGCCAAAGCUACCAGGAGUCUACCAAACAGCUCACAAUGAAAAAAUUACCCAUUGUGGCCUGUUUUCAUCUCAAACGGUUUGAACAUGUAGGCAAACAGAGGCGAAAGAUUAAUACUUUUAUCUCCUUUCCCUUGGAGCUGGACAUGACUCCGUUUUUGGCCUCUACUAAAGAGAGCAGAAUGAAAGAAGGCCAGCCACCAACAGAUUGUGUACCCAACGAGAAUAAGUAUUCCUUGUUUGCAGUGAUUAAUCACCAUGGAACUUUGGAAAGUGGCCACUAUACCAGUUUUAUCCGGCAACAAAAAGACCAGUGGUUCAGCUGUGAUGAUGCCAUUAUCACCAAGGCUACCAUUGAGGACUUACUCUACAGUGAAGGGUAUUUACUGUUCUACCACAAACAGAGUCUAGAGAAAGACCAGUCUUACCAGACCACUUAA